AUGACAGGGUCCAACCUCGACUCUACUGCUGACGACUACGACAGUGGCAGUGAAAUCAGUGACAGCAGCGCUGGGGACGAUGCGGGGCCUAACGAGUUUCCCGAUGUGCUGUUCCCGCUACAGAAUGCUUCCAAAAAGACCCAGCCACCCAAGGCACAUGUCGGUAGUAGCAGUGGCAAAACAGACAACUCUAUUAACAAGAGCAAAGCGUCAAAUCCUCAGGAAGAAGAAGGACCAGAGCCAGAACCAGAACUACCGGGAUUACCGCCUGGACAACCCAAAAAAGAGGAGACCAAGCGAAAAGAAAGGACGAGGAGUCCACCAAGGAGUCCACCCAGGAGUCCACAAAGGAGUCCACCAAAUUCACCCAAACGAUUACCUGGAAAUCCAACGCGAGGAGGCAAGCCCAAAUUACCAACCAAUUCGCCUCGAGGGGCGAGCAAGAAAAAGAGCCACAAGGAUCACAAAUCUAGUAGCAGCAGCAAGGACCACAAAUCUCGUAGUGGCAGCAGCAGCAAGAAGGAAGCGCCUUAUGGAGGCACCGCCAUGCCACGACAAAAGACCAGACACCCCCAGAACCGAAAGGGAUCUUUCAUAGACACUUUGGAGGGGAUUAUGAACCCACCCGAAACAAAACACAGCAACCAAAAGAAUCACGAGGAAGCCAUGAGUCAGAGUUUGCAACAUUUCUCUACUAGUGACGACAAUGAUGAGAGCAUGCCCUCCCGCAUUAUGAAAUCUCUCAACAACAGCAUGCCUGGUGGCUUGAGUCUGCCAUUUGCCAACAAUAAACACCACGGCGACAAGAGAGACGAUUCUAGUACUGCUGGUGAUAAAAGCACUGCUGGUGAUAAAAGCACUGCUGGUGAUAAAAGUACUGCUGGUAACAAAGGUGCAGCCGGUGAUAAAAAGAACAGCGACAACAGCAACAAACGCCGUUCCAGCAAGAAACAGGAUUUUCACAGCAGCAUGCCCCAUCGGUUGGAUUUUGUGGAAGACGACAAUAAGAGUGGGGGUAGCCUGGGCAGUCGCAGCCGUGGGAGCCGCCAAAGUCGUGGAAGCCAUGCAAGUCGUGGAAGCCGUGAAAGACCACGACGAGGACGUAAGAAACCGGAUCUGAAUGCCAGCAUGCCCGACCGGUUAGACCACCACACCCACGAGGAAGGUCGGAGCCAGCGAAAACCGCGUCCGCCCAGCAGCACAAAGAAAACAAGCGCUGAUGACAAGAAAAGCAAUCCUAAAAAUGACAAGAGCAAUCCUAAAAAUGGAAGCAAGAAGCUUGACAACGAGAGCAAGACUCACAAUAGAGGGAAACGUCGCUCAGAUUUGAAUGCUAGCAUGCCAAGUCGUUUGGACGCUGGCAGUGUCAGCGGUGGUGAAGAUCCACUAAAUAUCAAACAGAGCAACAACAAUCAUCAUGGCCGAAAGGGAAGACGGCGAACAGACAUGAAUGCCAGCAUGCCGGUGGGGAUGGAUUUGGGUGACGAUGGUGGUGGCGGACGCCCUCGUGAUAGUCAAAAGGACAGAAGACGUUCUGAAAAGAAAAGACCGAGCGAUCUAAAUGCUAGCAUGCCGGAACGAAUGAUGGACAACACUAUGAAGAAUGACUCUAGCGGGGGGAGUCAGCAACGUGUAGACAACCACAACAAUCGCCGCAAAUCUAGCCGAUCCAGCAUGAAGGAGAAGGGGAGCUCCGACAAAUCCAUUGUCUCGUCGCCACCAUCCAAAACGGACAUGGAGGCACUUUUGGAGGUCAUGCCCAAGUCACAGGCAGACGACUUGUACUUUACUGAGAUUGGAUACUUUGACUGGAAAAAGUGGCGCAAGACGCGGGAUAAGCUAGCAGGUGUGAAGCGUCGAAAACGGCGGCGGUCCAGACCAAUGGGAAUGAGCUCCAGUAGGAGAGGACCACCGAGACGUUCCAUAUCGGCAGAGGAAAUGCGUCCUCGCCCCAGUCAUCUCGACAGAUCCAGCCGAAGAUACAAUAGUAGUCACGACAGAUCGUACAACAGGAGGUCCAUUGGCCACGUUGAUCAAAUGCAGCGUCGUCAAUCCAUUGAGAUCCCGAGUACAGCGCCUCACAACGAGAGCAUGAACAUUGAUGAGGUCUUUGGAAGUCUUGAUAAGAACCAAGAUGAAAUAUUGCAUGAAUCAGCUAAUCUGGAUACGUCGUGUGUGACACCUGACUUUGGAGUGUUUGGCGAUGAUGCGAAGGAGGAAGGCAGUGCAAAGGCCUUUGAAGUCUUUAGCAACAGCAGCAGCAACAACAAAAGCAAAGAACAAUAG